GCCCGGAAGUCCCGGGGAGGGGUGUGACGUACAUCCGGCGAGUAGCUGGCGGACCGGAGUGCUGCUGGUUAGUGUGCUCUGAGGGAGGGUCCGAGCCACUCGCCGUUUUGCCGAAGGAGCCCCUCAGGCCGUAGUAAGCAUUAAUAAUGUCUUUCAUCUUUGAGUGGAUCUACAAUGGCUUCAGCAGUGUGCUCCAGUUCCUAGGACUCUACAAGAAAUCUGGAAAACUUGUAUUCUUGGGUUUGGACAAUGCAGGCAAAACCACUCUUCUUCACAUGCUCAAAGAUGACAGAUUGGGCCAACAUGUUCCAACACUACAUCCGACAUCAGAAGAGCUAACAAUUGCUGGAAUGACCUUUACAACUUUUGAUCUCGGUGGGCACGAGCAAGCACGUCGGGUUUGGAAAAACUAUCUCCCGGCAAUUAAUGGGAUUGUCUUUCUGGUGGACUGUGCAGAUCAUUCUCGCCUCGUGGAAUCCAAAGUUGAGCUUAAUGCUUUAAUGACUGAUGAAACAAUAUCCAAUGUGCCAAUCCUUAUCUUGGGUAACAAAAUUAACAGAACACAUAUAAUCAGUGAAGAAAAACUUCGUGAGAUAUUUGGGCUUUAUGGACAGACCACAGGAAAGGGGAAUGUGACCCUGAAGGAGCUGAAUGCUCGCCCCAUGGAAGUGUUCAUGUGCAGUGUGCUCAAGAGGCAAGGCUACGGCGAGGGUUUCCGCUGGCUCUCCCAGUAUAUUGACUGAUGUUUGGACAGUGAAAAUAAAAGAGUUUUACUUCUCUGGACUGAUCCUAUUCACAGCUUCCUCAUGAACUUUUCUAAUAGAACAAGAAAAGCUCUCCAACCAUGUCUGGCGUUGAGAAGCCAAGAGUCUCUGUCAACUCUCUCAUUGCCCAGUGGUGACAUGUGCUCUUCUCCACACUGUCAGGAGGUAAUGCUGCUCCACGUCUGGUGCAGGUCAGUAUCCCGGGACUUGGAAGCUGGCAGGAUUUGCCGGGUAAAGCUGUGUGCCAUCAUGGGGCACCUGAAAAGAAAAACACGUCUCACCACUGCGGUUGAUUUCAAAAGAAAGUACUUCUAUUUUUUAAAGAAAGUGUUGUUAAUGUAAUUGGUAUCCCUCCUAACUUUUUGAGUUCACAAUUUACUUGGUCCAGAGUUUUCUAUUCUUUUUUUUUUUUUUUUAAACUAAUUAAUGACAUUUAGAUACUUCAUACAAUUAUGAACAGAUACACAUUGGAGGCCAGAGCUUAUUUGGGUGAACUUACUCCUACUGAGUUAGCAGGUUGGUGAGAGAAGCUCCCCUGAGCUCACCUAUCUCUCUGACUGCCUUGGAGUAGGCGGCAUUACCUUGUGCACAGAAAACUAGAAAAGGGGCAGAACCCUGGCCUUGCAGUUGUGGCAGGUUUCCACUGUGGUAAGCUAGGGUCAUUCCUCAUCGAGGAAUGUGUAGCAGAUUGUUCACUGUGGAGGGGUUAAUUAUAGAGGGGGUUAUUGUUAUUAUGAAGUUACAGAUUCCAGCCACUCUUUGCUUUUAUACUUUUGUGAAAUUUAACUUUUCUCUGUGGCACCUUCGUUUUUCAUUUUCAGUUAUAAAAAGUUACUUUCACCUCAUAAAAGACUUGAGAACAUCUCUCAUGUCACAUACUGCAGUUGUGUCAGUUGCACAGAUUCUAGGGGGAAAUUUUUCUGAAUAGGAAGACAGGACAAAGUUAACAGCUUAAGGGCUCUUAAUUCUGUGAGUUGAGAACUUAAAAGUAUUGUAGCACUUGUUUGGAUCCAGGAAACAUGUACUCAGUGGGCUUUAAAAUUUCCAUUUGCAGAAUUUGGUCUCUGGCUGUUCCUGAGCUCUUUUUCUUACAUUUUUUUCUCCUUAGAUACCUAUUUUGUUGGUGUUUAAAGGUUAACCUCUGCAGCUUUUCCAGGUUUGUUUGGCUUGCCUUCUUUCCUUUCCUUUUCCUUUUCUGUAUGAAAUUGUCUUUCUCCAUUGCAGAAAUAAGCUUGGGGAAACACUAACCCAAAAACUUUCUGUAGAGCUGUUCCUUUGGUGGCAGCAUCACUUAUUGGCAGUAAAGAUUCAGUAUAAAAGCACCAGCAUCCCUACUAGGUUGAGAGGAUUAAUUUUAUAGCAUUCCAUUUUCCUAGUGCCACAUAUGAAAUUGGAUUUUGAUAAUCUUAACCUGUAUUCCACCAUUGUAGUUAAAGAUCAAAAGAUCAGUUUCUUGGGAAAAGAUUGGAGAUAAGAGAUGAAAAGUUGGGAGGAUAUCUUUAUUCUAAUGUGAGGGUAGGGAAAAUUGGAUAACAUUACUGGGUUGAGAGAGGUAUCAUUCUUUAGUGGGAGUUCUCAUUCAUAUUCUCCAGUACUGACUUGUUGGGAAAGCAUACUUUUUCACUGCCAGGUACUGAAUGCAGAGGCUUAGUGAAGUAUAUGUGUGGGAAGUGCAUGCAUUUCAUUUAUUAGCAAGCAUAGCUGGAUUAAGACAAAAUUAUUGGUUUGGAAAGGGGUUAAAGCCUUAAGUGAACAAAUCUAGCUAACAGUGAGUGAAGUAGGUAGUUAACUUGCAUAUUUUUAAUUUCCUUUGGUUAAAGGUUCCCCAUACUUCUCUGUUCAGAGACAUGAGAAGUAUGAGUCCUUCAGUGUUAGUUUUAAUUUUUUUCCACUCAUUUGUCCCUUGUCACUUUGUUGCAAGCUAGAAAUCUGUGGGUUAUACAUAGGGCAGCUCUUUGUGAAAGUGGUUUAUUCCACUGGAGAAAGGGGAUUGAAAAUCAGAACCAGUGUAUUUCUUGCCCCACGGAACACUAUUCCUAUAAGAUAGCUGAAAGAAGCUGCUGUGGGGAGCUCAACUCCAGACACAGGAUCAGCACCUUGUACAGGAAUUCCCAUGGAUUACGACUUCUCAUUCUGUUUUAUCAGAGUGCAUACAUGUCCUAUUUCAGGAAAAGUAAAACAGUCAUUUACAAAAGAAAGUCAAUCUGUAUCCUAAGCAUUUUAAUAAAACGUUAAAAGAAA